GGCGACGGGCGGGUGGCUGCAGCUUGCGGAGGAGCGCGGCCUGUCCGGCCUCGGCUCCCCCGCCGCGCUCAGCGCUCCCUGCCGGCGGGGCCGGCUCGGGCUCCGCCGCGUCCCCCCUCCUUCCGUGGGGCCGGGGGACCGCGCCUGUCUUCUUCCCUUCUCACCUUCCCUUCCCGGGGAGCCGCCUGCCGGGCUGGGGGAAGGCAGCCGGGGCAGCCCGUCCCGCCCGGGCUCCGGCAGGCUGGUGGCGGCCAUCGGGACUCGGGGCGGGGGCCCCCCGGGCGCCCUUCUUCCCCUUCCCUCCCUCCCUCCCUGGGAGGCGCUGGAGGAUUUUCUCCCGCUGCAACCCCCUCGCUGCCCCCCAGACAUGGUAGGUCACCUCCAGCUGCAAGGGAUGGACGAGAGCCUGAAGGAGAAGAGCCGGGAAGGCUUGCUGGACAGCCCGGACUCGGGGCUGCCCCCCAGCCCCAGUCCCCCUUUCUACUCCCUCUCGCCCGGCAGCGGCGAGGGCCGAGCCGGGGGGUGCAGCAGCAGCGCGGACCCCCCGGCCCAGGGGCACCCUCGAGAGGCCAAGGACGGCAAAGUGAUGCCUUACCUGCUUCUGAACCCGACCAUGCCGGAGAUGAGGCCUCGAAUGUACCCUGUGUUUUUCGGAGAAAGCAUUGAAGUCAGCCCUGAGCCCGUGCAGGAAAUUAGGUGCAAUUCCGAGGUGAAGUAUGACUCUGAGAAGCAUUACCGGGAUGACAUCUUCUACGGCCCCAUCCCCACUGUCACCACCUACAGCGAGACGGUCAUUGCUGCACCAAACUGCACCUGGCGGAACUACAAGUCCCAGCUGAUCUUCGAGCCUCGCCAGAAGCCACUGAGGUUUCAGAGCACGACCAUCAUUUUUCCUAAGCGUGCCAAGAACAUUUACCGGACCACCCUCAACUACAGCCUGGGCUGUGCCAAGCGCUGGUUUUCUUCCAGCGUGCAGCUGGAACUUUGCGAGGAAACCAGCCCGUGUGUCAUCUACAGCGAGACCCUCUGAUCCACCCUGCCGCUGGCAACCUUGUGACCUCAAGGAGGCCGUGGCCUUUGCUGGGUCUCUGGUUGGGCCCUCAUUGAUGAUGACUAAAUAUUAAUGGCUGGAGAAAACGUCACCUUGGGUGAGGAUGAACUGGGAGGAGGCUUGCAGGGCAUGGGAUGGUUCUGAUCAGUGGAAGGCUGGCUUGCGUUUUGCGACGUUCCUGACAUUUGUGAUCUGGAUUUUAUUUUAUUUUUUUCCAAGCAUAUCUAUUUUUGACUUGUGCUUAGAUGAAAUCAAGAUGACUAAGGACCCUAUUACCCAUAGCAGAGUGCUGCCUUGUGAGCUCUGUAGGUCUUUUCUAGCACACGGAUGAGACUCACUUCAGAGCUAUUUGCAUCCGGCCUGCCCAGAGUCAGCAUCCGGCCUGCCCAGCACACACCAAGCCCAAUCCCUUGGAGUUUAAAUGCAGAGGAAGAUAUUUGUGUCAGUACUUCACAUCCUGCAUCUAACAGCUUACCUGGGAGAUAGCUGCAAUAUUACACCACUGCAAGAAUAUCAGGCCUAACUUGCUUGUGGGAGUGGGGACUGUCAGCAAGAAAAAGAGGAGGAAAGCAGGUGCACAGUGCUCUUGCCAGCAGCUAGCUGUUUACAUGCUAUAACAAGGCAUGGCACAAGCAGGUGAUGAGAGGAAGGCCCACCCUGACCCACAGCCACUUCUUCUGCGACCCCAGCCUAGCCAUGAGGAUGCAGGGGAGACUAAGGAGACUGAAUAGCAAUGGGGCUGUUUUCUAAAAGUGUCCAAGGGCCUUAGGAGUCCUUUUUCAGAAGUACUGGCAGCCCAAACGCUGCCAUGCUGUUUGUUGUACCUAACACCCAGUUUACAGGGAUCUUUAUGCACUCACUUUUGAGCUUCAGGAUAUUACAGAGAGGAGCAUAGCACAGCAAAAUGUUAUCUAGCUUUAAAAAAGCUGGUGCACGGUUAACUUGAGAGCAAGGUUGCUCACCUUCUCAGUAGUUUCCAUACCUGUGUUGUGGACAGCUUACCUGGCUGUGGAGGAGCAUCCAGACUGUCUCUGUGUAGAGCCUGAAGUAUUGAAGAGCCAAACUCUGUGCAGGAUUUUCUUAAUUGGCCAGGUUGUAGCAAUUAAACAGGUAUUUCACAAACAGCUGAGCUGUCCCUGCAACAGGAUCAAAAAGCACAGAGGUAACAGGAGUCACUACAGCCGUCGUAAGGUAAACCAGUCCCUCCCAUGAAUCACAUCUCCCAGUAUCUCUUCACUUCAUUAGCUUGCUGAAAACCUGCAGGAGCCUGGAUUCCUACAGACAUAUAACCUUUGAAAACGGUAUGGAAUUGUCUCCAAAAAUCAUACCAAGAAUUUUUGCAUGCUGCUCAGAAGAGCCCAGACUUAGAAAAUAACCACAUAGAUCUGGAAAUCAAUUUCCAGCUUUCAUUCUUCUAAACUUUCCAUUUUUUUCUGACUUGCUGCAAGUCUGAUUGAGUUAUUUCAGAAUGCAGCUAAGAAGCCAAGCCCGAAAGCCUAUUAACAGUGUCAACAAGACACAGCUGAUUGCCCAGAACAGUUGACGCACAAACCCACAGAGAUUUUAAAAAAAAAAUCCCACAAAAAACAGUCUGACAAACUUUAAGAAAAAUAGUAACCUACAAAGAUACUUUUUUUCCAUCAAUUUCAAAAGGCAAAUGGUAGGUGUGACCAGAACUGUGACCUUUAUGAAACAGAGUUCUCUUGUUUAAAAUGAAGCACUUUUUUUUUUUUUUUUUUUAAACCAGAGGUAAAGUCUUUAUAUUCAACCUUAAAUCCUGAAAACUGAAGCAUCAAUAGUACUGAAGCUCAUAUUCUAUGGUAGUGGUGAGCUCUGCCUCUGGGAGUUAGAUCUGGGUAGGGAGAAAUGUCUCAUAGGAUUUCCAAGACUUCCACCUACUGCAGAAUUAUUUUCAGCAACACAGAAAGGAGGAUUGUAUUUGUUACUGGUCAGAUUUUGCUGUCACUCACCAUCAGCA